AUGGGUUCUAGUGCCAUUUUCAAUCACCUCCACACUCUGCUGGAACUGGUUCGGUCAAUGGACAUGCGCGAAAUGGGGAAUGGUUCCCAACAGGACAGUUCAGAUCCGUUCGGGGCAUUCGACAUUGACGAAGCAGAUUUGGAGCCACUCUAUCAUCAGGACCGGCUAUGCUGUCCACAAUGCAGACGAAAUCACAAAGUUUUUUGCCCCCGCUGCGGCAUACCAUUAGGCCAUACACCUCCCCAUGUCCAAUUGCCGAUAUCUGUGGACAUUUACCGUGACCCGCGAGAAACUGAGGGCAAAAGUACGUCAGCACAUGCGCGCAUCAUUGCGCCUGAUUCAGUUACAAUUAAGGUAGAAAAUAUGGUGAAAGCGCCGGAUACGUCGAGCAUUACAAAGUAUACAGAUCCGCAACGAUGUCUUCUUCUCUUUCCCUCCGAGGAUGCCCUACCGCUAGCUGACAUAGAGCCAGGUUCUUUCGACAAACUGAUUGUGCUUGAUGGAACGUGGAAACAAGGGAAGGCGAUGGCUGGUGCAAUAGCUGGUCAGAGCUUUCAGAGAGUGUCUAUCCGAAGUCGCCGGACCCUCUUUUGGCGUUACCAGCCUUUUGGAGAGACCUACCUGUCGACGAUUGAGGCAGUGUACUGGUUCUUUCGAGACUUUCAUGACGCAUAUAGCAGAGAUCCUUACGAUGGUCGCUACGACAAUCUAUUAUUCUAUUUUAAACUGCAGUGGGGCCUGAUUCAGGACAUCUAUUCUAGAAAUCCACAGAAACAGUUCACGUCAAGGAAAUUGGAUGGGGAAAGUUACAUCCGGGGAAGGGCGAGACUGCAGAAUAGUGCGAGUCCUCCUGAUACGGAGGAAGCGCAAACUUAAUAGUAAAUGUACUGUAAUGCAUGAAAGAAUGUAAAUAAAUAGAUAGCGUUCGUAAGGGU